AUGUGGUCGGGCAUUGUCGUGAAGCAGAAUUACUUUACGACUUUCUUGGCCAUUUUCCUGUUUUCAGGAUACAACGUUACCACAGUAUGGGGUUUAGUGGCGACUUGUCUGGGCCUAGCCGCCCUCGCAAUACUGUACGAGGCCAUGAAAAUCUCCCAGAUUCAUCUGCAACCGACUGUGAUCAAACGUGUACCUAAGAUGACCUCUGCUUCUUCGGAGAGCUCAUCCCUUUUAUCUAGAGUGACACCAAAAAAUUUUAGAAGUUAUACAAGAUGUGGAAACUGUUUGAGAUGGACACUACAAAUAUUGCACUGGUCCCUUCACACUGCGCUCGGUUAUAUCCUGAUGAUGGCUGUUAUGACGUAUAACGCAUAUAUCACUAUCGCCCUUGUAGUUGGAGCCUGCAUUGGAUACUGCAUAUUUGUCCCUACACUCAUACAAUUAAACAUACAAUAUUUUCAACGCAAACAAGCAAUUAUGGAAUGUGAUAAGAAUUGCGAAGAUAUUGUUUCGAAUCAACAAAGACGCGAAUCCGCCGUCUGUAUCGUUGCAGAACAAUUAGUCACCGAAGCAAAUAUUGAAGUUCACGUACCGAGAGAUACGUGA